GAAAUUGAAUAUCACAAGAAAUAGGAGUCCAUAUCAGUCCACAAUUCCUUUAUCAAAAAAUCAUCCACCCAAUAAUUAAUUACCACUUCAUUAUUGCUUAGCUGUAGAUUUUCCCUUAAUCCAUUACCUAUAAAUACCCAACACUUCUUCUCCCACACCAUAAACCUCACAACCAAACCUUCUAAUUCCUCCGCUCUCCACCACCAUGACCUCCACCUCCUCCUCCGAUUCGACCCGAAUAAACGCAACCAAAAUCCACCACGUGUCCUUCAGCUAUGACAACAACCUCUUCACCGCCGGUCUCGACUCCGGAUUCUCCAUCUUCCAAAUCGAGCCCUUAAAAUCCAUCCAAGAAAUCGACGCCGUAAAAGGCAGCGUCGGAGUAGUAUCCACGAUGCACAACACAGGCCGAUUUUGCUUAGUCGGCGGCUGGCCUAACGCCAUUAAUUCACCGAAUAACGUCAUGAUUUGGGACAAUUCUCUACCCGACCCAAGGUUUAUCGGCCAAAUACACUCUCGGACCCAAAUCAAGAACGUCAAAUGCUCACGGGAUUAUCUCGUCGUCGUUUGUCUUCAAACUGUUUGCGUUUAUACCAUUACGGAUUUACGAUCGAGCUUGGAAUUUAAAAGAAUUCGGCAGAUUGAAACUGAUUUGAAUCCGCACGGACUGUGCGAAAUUUCUUGUAAUUGGGCGCCGUUGGUGCUGGUUAGUUUGGGUUUAAUGAAGGGUCGGGUCAGAGCUGAGUAUUUCGGGGCAAGAAAUAGUCAGCGAGUGAUAGUGGGUCAUGACUCAGAAAUUGCGUCUAUGGCUUUGACUCCUGACGGUAGAAUUUUGGCUACUGCGAGUUCUAAGGGUACUUUGAUUCGGGUUUUUAAUACCCUCGACGGGUCAUUGCUACAAGAGGUUAGGAGAGGAGCGAGCGGAGCAUCAAUACAUAGUCUUGCAAUUUCUCGAAAUGCUCAGUGGUUAGCUGCAUCAAGCGACAAGGGUACGGUCCAUGUGUUUGGUCUUAGGAUUGAUCCGUCAUUGUUAGCAAAUAAUAACUCAUCACAAGUUGCUCCUCCUUCCAAUAAAUCAUCAUCUCUUUCUAUUCUCAAAGGUGUGCUGCCGAAGUAUUUCAGCUCAGAAUGGUCCGUAGCUCAGUUUCGGUUGCCCAAAGGAGUGAAACAUGUCGUUAUGUUUGGGCCCGGCAAGAACACAAUUGUAAUCGUUGGUAUGGAUGGAAGCUUCUAUCGUUGCGAAUAUGAUCCGGUAGCUGGUGGAACGAUGACUCUGCUUGAAAAUGUCAAUAUCCUGAAUCCAGCUGAAAAAGACAAGUUAACAUGAUUUGAAACUGUUUUUUUUUUUCUACUAGUUUUCAUGGCCAUCACUUAAAAUUGUGUAUUUUUUGUACAUUUAUUUUUAAGACAAAGUUUUGUA